AUGAUAAUUCAUGACCUCUUCGGAUGGACAUUUCGGAACACUCGACUACUAGCUGAUCACUACGCAAAGGAAGCAGACGCUACAGUCUACGUUCCAGACUUCUUCGGAGGGGAAGUUCUCCCCGUGGACAUUAUCCUGGAUCCCAAGGAGUGGGACAAACUCGAUCUGCCUAACUUUGAGAAACGAAACAGUAAAGCCACGCGAACUCCCGAGAUCUUCGAAUCUGCGAAAGAGCUGAAGUCGCGACAUGAACGGGUGGGUGCGAUUGGAUUUUGCUUUGGGGGGUGGGGUGCAUUCCGCCUUGCUGGACAGGGCAAGGACUUGAUUGAUUGCAUAUCCGCAGCCCAUCCUACCGAUAUCGAGAAAGAAGAGAUACGCAACGUCAGAGUUCCCGUGCAAAUCAUUGCACCCGAGUUUGAUCCCAAAUUCACGCCCGAGUUGAAGGCUUUCAGCAAUACGACCAUUCCUACGUUGAAUGUUCCCUACGACUACCAAUUCUUCCCAGGACUAGCUCACGCGUUCGCCAUUCGAGGAGACCCACAGAAUCCUUCCGAGAGGAAGGGGAUGGAACGAGCAAAAGAUGCUGCAGUGUACUGGUUUCGUCUAUGGUUGCACACGCAAUGA